AUGCUACAAAGCGAAUCUCGAGUGGCUCGUUCAGUUGUCAAAGAGACCUGGCGUAUAGCUCCAAACUCAAUAACCAAUCGCUCGGACGAACCAAUUGCUCAGGGAGGGUUUGGGGAGGUUUACACUGCCACCUAUUUCGGCUCGGACGUUGCUAUCAAACAGCUCUUGGCCAAAUAUGGCGAAGAAGAAAUCAAAGAGUUCCGCCGAGAGAUUGAAAUAUGGUACAAACUGAAUCACUCCAAUAUCUUACCGCUUCAUGGAGCCUGCGAUCUUGUCGAGAAACCAUUUAUGGUAUCACCUUUUAUGAAGAAUGGUACGCUACGGUCAUUUGUCUCUGAUCCUGCGUGUCGACGGUCCAUCUCAGACAAGUUGCGGCUCAUGUAUCAAGUCGCCUCAGGAAUGGCAUAUCUCCACAGCAACGGUAUAAUCCAUGCCGACCUUAAAAGCGACAACGUCUUUAUCGAUUCGGGAAACAAUGCCGUCAUUGCCGACUUUGGUCUAGCAAAAACUAAACGCACAUCGAUCAGAUCUCAAAGAUCGCGCACAAAUAACUCGAUUUGCGGGACCGUCAUAUAUAUGGCUCCUGAAAUGUUGGACGAUGAAGAGCCAACUGGUUCUUCGAGAGAGACAGAUGUCUACGCAUUUGGAGUCACGUUUUUUGAAAUCCUCAAGGAUGGUAGAGACACAUGGGUAACAAAAGACGGCGGCCCUAUGCAUCAAAUGACAGUCGUUAGACAAGUUUGCAAAGGAAAGAGGCCAAAGAGAUUCGAUGGUAUUCCCGACCAAAUAUGGAGCCUCGUUGAGUCGUGUUGGCAUCAGGAUCCCUAUCAUAGACCAAGUUUUGUGGAUAUUUUGAGCCAACUGAGC